AUGUCAAACUUCGCAAGGCUGCCGCCAUCGGGCGUCAAGGUAAUAAUCGUCGGAGCAGGCUUUGCAGGUCUGUGUGCAGCGAUCGAAUGUGACCGCAAAGGACACUCAGUUAUCUUGCUCGAGAAAGUCAAGGAGCUGAAACCCCUUGGGGAUGUGAUUAGCUUCUCGUCAAACUCUGGCCAUAUCUUUGAAAGAUGGGAAGGAGUUGUCGACGAGCUGGAUCCCAUCACUCACAAAAGCAAAGGCCUCGACUUCCACGACUGGAUGGGCAACUUUGCCACCAGACAGGUGUGGGAUGUGGAAAAGCAAUGGGGCAGACGGAUCAACGGCCACAGAGGACAGAUCCAUGAUGUCGUCUACCGUCACGCAAAGGCCAGAGGGAUCGAUAUUCGGCUCGGCCAGCAUGUCACGGAUUAUUUCGAGACGGACACAGAGGCAGGUGUUGUAUCGAACGGCGAGAAGCUGGUUGCCGAUUGUGUUUUGGCAGCAGAAGGAGUCAAGUCUGCUGGCAGGAAGAUUGUGCUGGGCUUCGAGGAUCCGCCAAAGCCAUCAGGAUAUGCUGUCUAUCGGUCUUGGUUUAAAUCUGAUGAGCUUGCCAAAAAUCCGAGGACGAAACACCUGGUGAUUAAUGGGGACACACAUACCGGUUGGAUCGGUGAAGACAAGCAUUUCCUUGCAGCAUCAGUGAAGAAUGGAACUGAAUUUAGCUGGGUGCUGACACACAAGGACGACGCUGACAUCGACGAGGACUGGCAGUUCCCAGGUGACAAGGCAGAAGUCAAGAAGAAUCUUGAAGGUUGGGCUCCGAUAGUCCAUGAUAUCGUGGAUGCCACUCCGCCAGAUCGACUUUUCGACUACAAGCUCGUCUUCCGAGAUCCUUUACCGACGUUCCUCUCGCCAAAGGCGCGAAUAGCACUGAUUGGUGAUGCGGCACAUCCAUUCUUGCCAACAUCAAUCCAAGGAGCGAGCCAGUCUAUGGAAGACGGUGUGACAUUAGCCGUCACUCUCGAGAAGGCAGGAAAGGAUAAUGUCCAGCUCGGACUCCGAGCAUAUGAAGCUAUCCGAUACGGCCGCGUUCACAGAGCCCAGAUGACGGGUGUAACGACACGCGAGCAAUGGCACAAGGCUGACUGGGAUAAGAUCUGGAAAGACCCCAAGUCUCUGCAUCUGAAGAGAGAACCAUGGCUGCUGGAUUUUGACGCCGAACCUCAUGCAUAUGAAGUGGUUGAUGGUGUUCUGAAUGAUUUGAGACGAGGCAAAGAUGUCAAGGCAAAUGGCUUGUCAGAGCCGGCAAACAAGAACGGGCUCGCAACAGUUGUUGCUCAAGAAGUUGAUCAGCUCGCGUAG